AUGGAUGAAACAAAGAAAACUGGUGUCCAGCUUUCCAGAGAUAUACAGGCGCCUGUAAAGACUGAAUGGAAUUCCCGGUGUGUCCUCUUCACCUACUUCCAAGGGGACAUCAACAGCGUAGUGGACGAGCACUUCUCUAGAGCUCUGAGAAAUAUCAAGAGACCCUGCGGACCAUAUCCCACAAGCCAGAGUGAAAAUGUGAUCCUGAGCAAUGAUGGUGACAUGCCACCGAAUCAGUGGCGUUUCUCGUCUCCAUGGUCAAAGCCACGCCCUGAAACAUCUCUUGUGAAUGGUGCCAGCAGCAGCAGCUUCACUGUGCCUGUUCCUGUGAUGAUGGACCAGUACCCACUGGCCCUGCCUGAGGCCUGCUCUGUACCAACCGAGGGGUUGUGGCAUUUCCCCACCCUAGCCAGCUCCCACCUCCCACAGCUUGGCUACCCUCAAGCUUUCUCUAACAGGCACCUGGUUCUAGAGCCCCAACCUGAUAGGAGACAUGAUCCCCUCCUCAGUCUUAUCCAGGUUGAAAGAAGCCUAAAGCGUCGUCAGGAGUAUGCCCAGGGAGAGGAGGGCAGCACCAGCCAGAUUGCCGGAAGCUCAGGAUUGCUCCUCAGCGGGCCUUCCAGCCCUAUCCCAUGCAAGAAGGUGUGUGGCUCCCCUAGUGGUGAAUCUGCCAGACCCAGCUCUCCAGAUCAAAAAAGAGGGAUGCAGAGGCUCAAAAAGAAAACCAAGAAGCAAAGAGCAACAGUACCUCAAGAAAGAGAACUAGAAACUGAUUUUGCAUUACUUCAAAAUAUGCAGAUUGUACUGAUUAUUGAUACUGUUCUUUACAAGCUACAGUAG